AUGGUCUCAGGCGGUGUCCGGCCAACACCGAUGCCUUCGGAGCUCGAUACAUGGUUCGAGCGUGAUCCGCUGUCUCACUCUAACUCACGGGGCUCGAUAUACGAUAAGCUAUUUGGAUUAAAGCCUAUUAAAUCAAGAUCAGCAAAGGAGCUCAAUACAAUGAUAGCUACGGUCAGCGCAGCACUUGGAGCGCUUGAGGCUCUGGAUUGUAACAUUAGUGCUUGGGAUCCGUUUCUCGUAUAUCACUUAGCACAUCUUUUAGAUGAGAACACGCGUGAGGAGUGGGAAGUAAAAUUAGGUCCGUCCAUGUCUUAUCCGACGUUCAAGGAAUUCGAAGACUUCUUAAUCGGUUAUACGCGAGCGUGGGAGAGCUUGACUCCCGUCCCAGUCAAAUCAAACAAGGAGAAAAAUCGAUCGUCUUGGCCGCAAAACAAACCGGAAGCAAAAUCUCACGGUCUGGUAGCAUCUGCUUCAUCUAAAGGUGAAAUGAAGUGCCGAUUAUAUUACUAUGGCCAAAUUAUCAGACCCGAGUUAAUAAGAGGCAAUUCAUCGUCACUCAUCGCGCAGUCGACUUUAUUUGGUUGGGUAAUUUCCGGACCCGUCGCAUCUACUAGUCACGGUCAUAACGGAAGAAAUUAUCAUUGUAUGAUUGAUCGCGAUCUGCAAGAUCUUCUAACUUGCUUUUGGAAGCAAGAGGAAAUUCCAACGUCUAACGCCAACGUUUUAAACCCUGACGAAGCGCAUUGCGAAGAACACUUUCUUUCCACUUUCUCUCGAGAUAACAGCGGUCGAUACAUAGUCAGACUUCCUUUGAAAUCAUCGGCAACACAAUUAGGAGACUCAGAGUCCAUAGCACUUCGUUAUUUGUCGCAACUGCGUCGAAAAUUUGAAAAAAGGCCUUCUUAUUGUCAAUUAUAUACAGACUUCCUGAAGGAAUAUCAGUCGUUAGGUCACAUGACUCCAAUAGAACAUUCUCAAAUUCACGAUUCUCCUUCAUUCUAUUUGCCACAUCACGGAGUGUGGCGCGAAGACAGUCAGACAACCAAACUUCGAGUAGUUUUUAAUGGAUCAAGCCCUUCAAGCAGCGGCGUGUCGCUUAAUGACAUUUUACAUGCAGGCGCCAAACUGCAAACGAAUAUCUUUGAUGUAUUGUUAUGGUUUCGAUCUCAUAAAUAUGUUUUUUCAUCGGACAUCACCAAGAUGUACCGACAAAUCUCAAUUCAUCCGAACGAUCGCAACUUACAACUUAUCUUGUGGUACAACACUCACGGUAAAGUGCAACCUUACCAGCUUACAACGGUAACAUACGGAUUGAAUUGUGCUCCAUUCUUGGCUCUUCGCGUACUACAGCAGCUUACCGUCGACGAAGGUCAUCGGUUCCCAAAGGCCAUACCUGCGCUAACUAAAGGAAGGUAUGUAGAUGACAUUUUCGGUGGUGCAGAAUCGAUCGAUGAACUAAGGGAAAUAAUAAGCCAGACUACGCAGCUUUGCAUGGCGGGCGGAUUCCCUUUACAAAAGUGGAAUAGUAAUUGUGCGGAGUUGUUAAGUAGCUCUUCCGUAACGCCAAAUGAUCAAUUAAACACAGUUAAAUUCGGUUCCUCUCGUGUCAAGGUGUUAGGCCUUUGCUGGCAACCUCUCGCGGACACCUUUACAUUCAUAACAGUGCCAUCUUCCCAUCGCAAUGUCACUAAAAGGCUUGUUUUAUCUGAGACAGCACAAUUAUAUGACCCCUUGGGUCUCAUUGCACCAGUAACAAUUCGAGCAAAAAUUCUCAUCCAAGAACUUUGGUUAUUAAGAAUAAGCUGGGACAAGCCUUUGCCUCCUGAUUUACAUUACCGGUGGUUGGUUUUUAAACAACAGUUACAAGCGCUUAGUAAUUUAAACAUUCCACGAUGGAUUAAUAUUUCGUAUACCGCUCUUUCCAUCCAAUUGCACGGAUUCUCUGACGCAUCUCAACUUGCAAUGGCGGCUGUAGUGUAUCUCAGAGUCGAAACGCCGAACGCCGGAAUUCAAAUCAAUCUUGUUUGUGCCAAAACUAAGGUGGCUCCCUUAAAGAAACUUACGAUACCUAGACUCGAGCUGAAUGCCGCAUUAAUGCUGUCCCGUCUUGUAUCAAACGUUCGGAAUGCAUUAGCCUUGGAAAAUAAUUCAAUCUUUCUUUGGACUGAUUCAUCAGUUGUUCUUACUUGGGUCUCGUCACAUCCUGCGAGAUGGAAGGAUUAUGUUCGUAAUCGGGUGACGAUUAUACAAGAAAUAAUGCCCACAGCUACAUGGCUUUUUGUUCCAGGAAAGGAAAAUCCUGCCGACUGCGCGUCCAGAGGAUUAAGCGCUCACGAUCUUGAACAGCAUUCGCUAUGGUGGUCAGGGCCACUGUGGUUAAGUAAAACCCCUGUCAAUUGGCCUAACAUGCAUAUUGCCUCCUCAGUUAACGCAAACCUGGAAGAAAAGUCGAAUCAAAUACUUACUUCGUAUCAAGGUAGCCAAUUCACAUAUUGGGAACUCCUCGAGCGUUACUCGUCUCUUACGAAACUCUUACGGAUCACGGCCAUUUGCAAACGUGUAGCUAGUCGUUUCAGGCGACUAUCAGCAAAAUCCAUAAAGGAGCCUCUUACUCCAGCGGAAUUAGUUCAAAGUUGUUAUUUUUGGAUACGUCAAGUCCAACAGAGUUAUUUUCCGCAUGACAUUACAAUACUAACGAGAGGUGGAAAUUUGCCUAAAUCGAGUCCCUUAAUCCGACUUAUACCUUUUAUAGAUGAUCUCGGUCUCCUUCGUGUAGUUUUAACGACUUUAGUGAUCGCUGAUGCCCAUGCUAAAACCUUGCAUGGUGGGACUCAAAUUACACUGGCGUACAUCCGUCAACAUUAUUGGAUCUUAGGCGGACGAAAUCCGGUCCGAGCUUUCAUUCUUAAAUGUAUAGUAUGUGCCCGACAUCGCCAAAAUCGUGCUCAACAGCUGAUGGGUCAAUUGCCGAUAUCAAGAGUGACGCCCUCUCGCCCCUUCUUACAUACAGGGGUCGAUUAUGCAGGUCCCAUAAUGUUAAAGACUUGGCGAGGGCGGGCGGCUAAAAUCUACAAAGGUUAUUUAGCCAUUUUUGUCUGCUUCUCUACCUCCGCUGUACACAUCGAAAUUGUCACGGAUUAUUCUACGGAAGCCUUCAUAUCAGCUUACAAACGUUUCACGGCUCGACGUGGCAUUUGCGCUACCCUGAACAGUGACUGCGGCACUAAUUUUGUCGGCGCUGAUCGCGAAUUAAGACAACGUUUUAAUACAGCAUCAAAGGAACUACAGGAGUUGGCAUCAAUCCUUGCCAAUCAAGGCACAGAAUGGCGCUUUAUACCACCAGCCGCACCUCAUUUUGGAGGAAAAUGGGAGGCUGCAGUUAAAUCCACCAAACAUCACCUUCGAAGAGUAAUCGGUGACUCGACUCUUACUUACGAGGAGCUUUCAACCCUUGUCGCACAAAUUGAAGCGGUGUUAAAUUCCAGGCCUCUUUGUCCCCUAUCAGAGGACGCCGAUGACUAUUCAGCUCUCACUCCAGGUCAUUUCAUUUUAGGUGACGCUCCUACGGUUAUACCGGAACCAAACCUUAUAGACGAACCAAGCUCCCGCCUAAACAGAUGGCAACUCAUUCAACAGAAGGUGGAGCGUUUUUGGAAGCGUUGGAGAACUGAGUGCUUACAACGCUAUCAGGCAAUCUCCAAAUGGCACCAUCCAUCGACUCAAAUCAAGGAAGGAUCCCUAGUGCUAAUUUCCGAUGAGCGGUAUCCUCCAGCUAAAUGGCCACUGGCUCGGGUCAUAAAAUUACAUCCCGGUGACGAUGGACUGACAAGAGUUGUCACAGUACGAACUGCCACUACCACCUUCAAACGACCCAUCACAAAGAUCUGCAUACUACCGACCAACUAA